GGCCAUCCGGGCGGCGGACGCGCGCGAGUCGCCGCUCAGCCUGGGCCACUUCCGGCUGCUCAAGCGCCUGGGCUACGGCGACAUCGGCAGCGUGUACCUGGUGGAGCUCCGCGGGGGCGGGGGCGCGCUCUUCGCCAUGAAGGUGAUGGACAAGGGGUCCCUGGUGAGCCGCAACAAGCUGCCCCGCGCGCAGACGGAGCGCGAGAUCCUAGGCUUGCUCGACCACCCCUUCCUCCCCACCCUCUACUCCCACUUCGAGACCGACAAGUUCUUCUGCCUCCUCAUGGAGUUCUGCAGCGGCGGCAACCUCCACUCCCUCCGCCAGAAGCAGCCCAACAAGCACUUCACCGAGCACGCCGCCAGGUUUUACGCGUCCGAGGUGCUGCUGGCGCUGGAGUACCUGCACAUGCUGGGCGUGGUGUACCGGGACCUCAAGCCGGAGAACGUGCUGGUCCGGGAGGAAGGCCACAUCAUGCUCUCCGACUUCGACCUCUCGCUCCGCUGCGCCGUCAGCCCCACGCUCGUCCGCACCCCGUCCGGCAGCGUCGGCGUCGCCGCCGGCCUCGUCCAGGGCUGCAAGCUCCCGCGCAUCCUCUCCUCCUCCAGCAAGGCCAAGGGCAAGAAGAAGCUGGCGACGGCCAAGGCCACCCAGCAGGAGCUGCUGGCCGUGCCCGGCGACGGCCACGGCAGGAAGCAGCCGUGGACGUCGCUGGAGUUCAUGGCCGAGCCGACGGGCGCGCGCUCCAUGUCCUUCGUCGGCACGCACGAGUACCUGGCGCCCGAGAUCAUCCGCGGCGACGGCCACGGCAGCGCCGUCGACUGGUGGACCUUCGGCGUCUUCCUCUACGAGCUGCUGCACGGCACCACGCCCUUCAAGGGCUCCGGCAACCGCGCCACGCUCUUCAACGUUGUCGGCCAGCCGCUGCGCUUCCCCGACGCGCCCGGCGUCAGCGCCGCCGCCAGGGACCUCAUUCGGGGCCUGCUGGCCAAGGAGCCGCAGAAGCGCCUCGCGUACCGCCGCGGCGCCGCCGAGAUCAAGCAGCACCCAUUCUUCGAGGGCGUCAACUGGGCGCUCGUCAGGAGCGCCGCGCCGCCCUACAUCCCCGACGCCGUGGACUGCGGCCCCGCCCCCGUGCGCCUCCCCAGCGAAGCCCCGUCGCAGGGCGGCACGCCGAGGAACGCCGCCGGUGGGAAGGCCGGCUCACCUCAUGCCGAUCCGGCGUCGUACGUCGAUUUCGAGUACUUCUAGGAAGCAAUCUUGUGCUAGGUCUCGCUUCACCACACAACACACACGUGCCCGAGAUAGCCCCAUGCAUCUCUGUCCAUGUUAUUUUCUUCAUCAAAUAUUUCUAGCAAAGCCUUCGUAUGUUGCAGAAUGCCAAUGAAGUGCAUUCUACGUGCUCGAACUAUUUCAAGUUUGUACAUGGGUCCUGAAACUAUAAAAAUCAUCAUCUAGGUUCUCAAA